AUGAUCUGGGACUUCACCGAGCCUGUCUGUCGUGGCUGCGUCAACUACGAAGGCGCUGACCGUAUAGAGUUCGUCAUCGACACCGCGCGCCAGCUCAAACGUAGCCAUGGCUUCCAGGAUGGGCGCUCUCCGGGGCCACAGGGGCCCGGCUCUGGUGGGGCAGCCAAACAGCACCCAGCCGUGCAAGCAGCCCUGACCGCCAAGGACACGGCGCAGCUCAAUCACCUGGACGGGGCGUCCAAGGUGGCCGCGGCUUCUGGACUAGAGAGGUAUGGACUGACUGACCGCGGCCGCUUCGAAUACACGUUGGCCGCUGCGGCGCGUCUUCCCAACGGCCUUAAUGGGUUCCCCAAGCCUGGCGAGGACGGCCCCCCAGAACUGAACCGCCAGAGCCCCAAUUCCCGGGGCCGUACGGGCCAUGGACUAAUUCCCCAGCUGGGACCUGGACAGCGGCCUCAGCGUGCCACCGUGCCCCCUUCAGCCAGCUCUUCGGGUGACCCUAAGCGCCCGGGAUCCGUGUCCAGCACCGACCAGGAGCGAGAGCUGAAGGAGAAGCAGCGGAACAGCGAAGCUCUCUCUGAACUAACGGAGAGCCUGCGUUCCCGGGCCGAGGAAUGGGUAGGGAAGCCCAAGGCAGUGCGGGACACCCUGCUCACCCUGUCAGCAUGCACACCCUUUGAUGUCCGCUUCAAAAAAGACCACGCACUGCUGGGGCGAGUGUUCGCCUUUGACGCCACAUCCAAACCAGGUCUUCUGGACUACGAGCUCAAAUUGAAACGCAAGGCCUCACCUGAACCAGAUUCUGCUGAGGGACAGAUGUGGAUCACGGGGCAACCGGAUGGGGGAACUCCAUCCUCCUCCUCCGCAGGUUCCUACGGCGGCCCCGCUCCACCACCGCCGCCGCCGCCACCUCUCGGCCCUGGUCACCCGCAGCGAACCACCCCACCUGAGAGCGCCCCUCCAAAUGGGCCAUCGCCUAUGGCGGCACUGCAGUCUGUCACAGACACUUUGGGCACUGCUCAUUCCCCUAAAGACGGACAGACAGUACCUGGCCAGAGACGUCUGAAUUCCCGUAACGGAGGGGGUUCAGCAGAACUCAGCCUUCAGGUGGCACCUGCUGGGGGAGCCCCUCAUCCAGGAAUGGACCAAGUGCACCCCCAGAACAUUCCCGACUCGCCCAUGGCCAACAGCGGCCCCCUGUGCUGCACCAUCUGCCAUGAGCGCCUAGAGGACACGCACUUUGUCCAGUGCCCAUCCGUACCCAGCCACAAAUUCUGCUUCCCAUGCUCCAGAGAGAGCAUCAAGGCCCAGGGAGCAACGGGUGAGGUCUACUGCCCCAGUGGAGAGAAGUGCCCCCUGGUUGGAUCUAAUGUACCUUGGGCUUUCAUGCAGGGGGAGAUUGCUACCAUUCUUGCCGGGGAUGUUAAGGUGAAAAAGGAGAGAGACCCUUAG